AUGUUUUACUAUGCUGGAAGUGAAGACCACUACGAGGAGCCUCACUUCCUCCAAGCUUGUUUUCUUUGCAGAAAACCACUUGGCCAAAACCGUGACAUCUUCAUGUACAGAGGGAACACACCAUUUUGUAGCAAAGAGUGCAGGCAGGAGCAAAUAGAGUUUGAUGAGGCAAAGGAGAAAAGUUGGAAGCUUUCUUCCAAAAGGGGUGUGAGACAAUCAGAGACCAAUCAGAAGUCCACCCCCAAUAAGGCUGUAAGAACAGGCACAGUGGCAGUGGCCUAA